UCCCUGCUCAGUCUCUCCGCAGCCAUGAAGGCAAAGGUCUGCAUCGGCCUCAUCCUUGCCAUCGUGGCAACCCCCUGCCUGUGCCGGCCCGCAGCAGAGGCACCGGGCGCUGCGGGGGACCCCCACCCGCUCCCCGCCAGCCUGGUCCGGCGGGACUGGCCCGAGUACCUGUCCCAGGAGCAGAAGCACCUCAUCUCCCGGUUCCUGCCCCACAUCUUCACAGAGCUGGGUGAUCGCAAGGGCUACGUGCAUGGGGACGAGGGGAUGGAAGCCCUGCACGACCACUACUACCCCGACUGGAUGGACUUCGGCCGCCGCAGCGCUGAGGACUCGGCCGAUGCCGUGUAG